AUGGGGCAUAGAUAUCGUUGGGUCAUUUCCAAUGGCGACCGCUUAGUGAAGAUUCCUGCUCAUCGUCGUGGACUAUUUUUCAAAAUGGGUGGAAGUCAAGCCGUUAGCAAAAAUAACGGAGCAAAUGGUUAUCAAAUUCGUCUAGCAGAACAUCUUGUGCAGAGCAACGACCAAUUGGAAGUCACCAAUCGGGAGAUCCUCAGGGGUCUACGAGCUCGACUCGACCACACAGAAGGCAACUGGGUUGAUGAGCUCCCCAGCGUCCUGUGGGCCCUUCGCACAACUCCAAAGGAGGCAACCGAUGUAACACCAUUUCAUCUGGUGUAUGGCGAUGAAGCGUUAGUUCCAAUGGAAGUCGAAGUAGCAUCUGAUCGGGUGCAGCUCUACGAUGAGGGGAACGUCGAGCGAAGACUUAUGAAACUUGAUUUGGUGGAUGAGGCACGGGAUAAGGCUGUCAUUUAA